GCUCAAGUUUGGAUGUUAAUGACGCGGUGCCGGCAGACAACAGGAGAGCGUGGUCGCUUGAACCAAGAAGAUUAGUGAGAGAAUCAGCGAUAAAUAAUAUGACCGACAAUUCGGCGACCGUCCAAGUGCUGCAGGCAUUAGGCGGAGGUGUCGCCGGCGGCUUGACGAGGAGCUUGGUGCAGCCGUUCGAUGUGAUAAAGAUUCGCUUCCAGAUGCAAGUGGAGCCGGUGGGCAAGCACGAACACAUGUCCAAGUACCGGGGACUGCUGCACGCAUUUGGCAACAUCUACAAAGAGGAGGGACUGCGGGGAAUCUGGCGUGGUCACAACUCCGGCCAGGUGCUGAGCAUUAGCUAUGCAGUGGUGCAGUUCUGGUCCUACGAGCGGUUCCGAGUCAUUGCCCACAAGAUGCCUUUCUUCGACGACCGACCGCUCCUCUUGUACUUUCUGUGUGGUGGAUUGGCCGGCUGUCUGGGCACGAUGGUGGCCCAACCCUUCGACGUGAUCCGCACUCAAGUGGUGGCCGCCGAUCCCAGCAGCAAGAGGAGUCGCAUGGGUUCCCUGAGAGGUUUGCGCUUUAUUGCCGCAACUGAAGGCCUGCGAGGCUUGACCCGUGGCAUGUUCUUCACCCUGGCGCAGAUUUUCCCGCUGGUGGGAGCCAAUUUCCUCAUCUACAAAUACCUCAACGCCCUUGUCCUCUUUAUAGUGAAGAAGUCGAAUCCAGACCACAACAUUCCCGGCUUCUGUCUCUUUGUCAAUGGAGCCCUAGCCGGUGUGGCGGCCAAGUUUCUGGUGUACCCCGCCGAUCUCAUCAAGAAGCGUAUUCAGCUGCAUGGAUUUCAACAGGAUCGACAGACGUUUGGUCGGAAUCCCGUUUGUCCGACGGCAAAGCAAUGCUUCAUGAACACCCUAAAGGAUGAGGGCCUCUCCGGAUUCUACAAGGGCGUCAGCCCCACGCUGCUAAAGUCCGGCAUAUCCAGUGCCUUCUACUUCACCAUCUACGACUACAUUAACCGCUACGUCAUCCAUCCCGCACAGGACCGGGAAGAGAAACGACGGAAGGAGGAGCUGGCCAAGAGGGCCGAGCCCAAAAAGGCCAGUUGGACCUAA